AAAGAGAUUGCCCAGGCCGCAAGACUAGGUUUGGGCCAGCGCCAUCGGAUCGAUCUAGGGUUUAAUUACCUGCCAAGGAUUUCUCAAAAAAAAUAUUUACCUGCCAAGGGCCGCCGCCCCCCUAGCUAAGCCGUGAGAACCGAGAAGCAUGCCGCUGAGCGUUGCCGCCGAACCCGAAAGAGCAUGUUGGAGUGCCAUCUUCUGCUCUCUGCAGGCCUGCAUCUCUGAGCCCAUUAGAUUUAUUCAUUACGGCACUCUCGAUGUUGUUCGACGGCUUUUUUUUAAUAGAGGUGUAAGGGAAAGGGCAAGGGGAACGGGAACGGGAACGGGAGAAGAAACUGUCAAUCCUGCUGAUGAGCAAACGGGAGACAAAAAUUCUCCUGCUGCAGAUGAUGAUUACAGCGAGCAGCUUGCUGAAUACGGCCACAAUAGUGAUCGCUACGAUGGCAGUAACUGUGGCGACUACUACGACACAGAUGGCGACUGGUCUGAGAUCUGUGCAUAUGAUGACUACAGAAAGGAUAUUCCACCGAGUCUCAAAAUUGGCUAUCACGGAGACAGCAUUAAUGUAUCGAUGGCUUACAGCUUAUCUCGGGACUUGGUGGAGCUGUUAUCUGUGCGUCCCCGAUUUCCCUUCGUGGGCACCUUCGUUGCUUUCAACGAUCGUUCCCAUUACUACUGCAACUCGCAGAAUGGACCACUUCAUCGUAAUGUUGAUUCACAGGGUAAUUUGAUUCUCAGGGCAGAAGGGGCCGCGCUUGAGGACUAUUUCCGCAUUAAAGUUGAAAUCCCAGAGGAUGAUAACCGGAUUGACACUGCAAACUACGUCUUCUAUGUGGACCCGUACUUCUGUAACAGUGUCAUUGUCCACACAAUGCCAACAAGAUAUUUCCGUGAUAUAGACGUGUUUUUCGUGCCGAUGUAUCGUGCUAUACAGGCCAGCUUGUGUGUCAACCUUGAUCUCACAUCUGGCAGUGGCUGUAGCUAUGCAUAUGGCGAAAUCACAGCGCACCAUGAGUUCUACGGCGACUUCAACGUCCUGCUUUUUCAGUGUGGAGAAGAUGAUAUGGCAGAGGUUGUUGAUGGCAGACUUCCAUUGUUGCGGACUUGGGCAGCUGUUCCGAUGUACUUAGAGCCGCUCUUGAUAAUCAAGCUGAACCUUAGUGUUUUUACUAAUUCUGACCAUGUUAAUGACGGUCAUGCCAUCUCCUUCCAAGGUGAUCUUACCUUCUACCAUGACCAGUAUGAAAAGACAAUCUGCAAUGCUGACCAUGGUACAGUUGAAGUGCAGAUUGGGUACCGUUAAUUGCCCAGCAGAGGGAUGCUAUCCAUUGUAAAUUAACCUUUUAUAUGUAUGAUAUUGCUGUAUGGAUC